AUGGAGAACAAUCUUAGAGAUGGACCUACCACCAUUAUGCAUCUUCCUGAUGACUGCCUACUUUUUAUCUUCCAAUGGCUUGACUCUGGCUCUGAUCGUGAAACUUUUGGCCUAACUUGCCAUCGGUGGCUUCAUAUUCAGAACUCGUGUCGUCGAUCCUUGCAAUUCCAAUGUUCUUUCAGCCAUCUAAGCCGUUCCUCCUUAUCUCAAACUAGCAACAACAUUGGCUCCUUCCACCUUUAUAGAGUUCUUAACCGUUUCCAAUGGCUUCAGUCAUUGUCUCUAUCGGGGUGCAUAGAUCUACCUGAUUCAGGCUUAACUCACUUGAAACUUCAUGGCUCAAGGUUGCAGACUCUCUACCUAGACUGUUGUUUUGGAAUCACAGACAAUGGUCUUUCCUUGGUUGCCACCGCCUGUUCUUCUUUGACAGUAAUUAGUCUUUACCGAUGCAACAUUACUGAUGUUGGUUUAAAAACCUUGGCUGAAUCUUGUUUAUCUUUGAAAGACGUGAAUCUAUCCCAUUGUUCACUUAUAUCUGACCAUGGAAUAAGAGCUCUAUCACAAAAGUGCUGUCAGCUUCGGGCGGUCAAAAUUUCACAUUGUACAAACAUCCAUGGUAUUGGCUUUCAAGGGUGUUCUCAAUCUCUGGCCUAUUUGGAAGCGGAUUCUUGUGAUCUCAAACCAGAGGGUAUAUUUGGAGUUGUCAGUGGAGGCGGCCUAGAGUAUUUGAAUGUUUCUAAUUUAGCCUGGUGCAUCCACGGAGAUGGUUUGGCAGCAAUUGGUGCCGGAUUUGCAACAAGGCUUAGAAUUCUUAACUUCCGGUUGUGCAGAGCUAUAACCGACGAGUCCAUUGUGGCAAUAGCAAAAGGGUGUCCAGCGCUUCAGGAGUGGAACUUGGCAUUAUGUCAUGAGAUUAGAAUACAAGGUUGGGAGUCAAUUGGGUUACAUUGCUGUUAUUUGGAGAGGCUUCAUGUGAACCGGUGUCGGAAUCUGUGUGAUCGAGGAUUGCAGGCUUUGAAGAAUGGCUGCAAACGGCUCUCAGUUUUGUACAUGAGUAGGUGCCGGAGAAUUACUACUACAGCAAUAGAGAUGUUUAAGUGUAUGAGAUGGAAUGUGGAGAUCAAAGAAGAAGAAAUAAUUUGUAUUGCCCCUGAUCGGGCCUUUCAAUUCUGA